AUGACAAAUACUUUACCUUCAGUGAAAAAGAAGAUUAAAGGAAGAACAUUCCAAUGUACUGGAUAUCCAGAUUGUCAUAUGACUUUCACAAGAUCAGAACAUUUAGCAAGACAUAUAAGAAAACAUACUGGUGAAAGACCUUUUGAAUGUGUUCAUUGCGCAAGAAAAUUUUCAAGAUUGGAUAAUUUAAGACAACAUAAACAAACUGUUCAUGCUCAUGAACCUGAAGUAUUGAAUGGUAAAAUACGUCCAAAUGAAAUUAGUGAAAAUAAUGAACUUCAACAUCCUCAAAUAAAUGAACCUGAACAUUAUCAAAGUAAUAAUAAUGGAAAUGAUCUUCAUGAAAAUAACAAGAAUUUUUAUCAACAUCAAUCAGAUUCAAAUUCAUCAACAAAUUUACCAGAUGCUGCAACUAAUUUAUUAAGACCUACACAAUUCAGAUCUAAACAUAGACCAAGACCUAUUGCAUUACCAUCAAGAAAAACUAUAUAUAAUGAUGCUCCUUACACAGUUCCAACUCCAAGAUCUGCUACAUCAACUUCAAAUCAUUUAUUAUUAAGCCCCAUUUCUCCUGCAAAUUCUAUUCAUCAAUUUAAUUCAAAUUAUCAAAAUUCUUCAUCUGCAUUACCUUCAGUACAAUUUUUAACAUCAAAUGGAUCAGGCUCAACUGGUGAUAGUUUAAUAAGUCCUUAUAAUUCAAGUUUUAGUUCAAAUAUUUCGAAUGCAAAUACACCAACUAAUUCAUCAUUUGAUUCAUCUGCAAGAACUCCAACAAAUCAUUCAUUUACAUUUGGUAAACCUUUACAAUCUUCUUAUAUGACUUCUUAUGAUCAUAAUUUACAUACACAACCACAAUAUGCCCAAUAUUCACAACCAGCACAUUUACAACAACAAACCCAACAGCAAACUCAACAAUCAAACCAAUCAUCACAACAACAACAACAGAUCUCACAAACACAAACACAAUCACAACACAAUCCAUCUUCUACACAUUCUUCAACAUCAUCAACAUCUUCACAACAACAACCACAACGUCGUUCUUGGUUAAAUAAUGUAUUAAAUAAUGAAACAAAUUCAUAUGCACAUCAAUCAUCAAAUUCAUCAAGUUCUAAUAAUAAUCAAUCAAGUUCAACUCCAAUGUAUUCAUAUCAAUAUCAACCAAUUUCAAAUCCAAAGAUUUCACAUGAUCGUCAACCUUCAAAUGAUUUACAACAAAAUAAUAGAGUACGGAUUGAAAAUUUAUUAAAUUCAUCAUCAAAAUCAUCACCAAAUUCAAAUAAACAUUCUAAUCAUCAUGAACAAAUUCAUCAUCAUGGCGAAAAAGAAAGAGUUAAAUUACCUAAUGUUAAAAACCUUGGAAUAGAUAUAUCCAAGAAUUAA